UAAUGAGUGUGUUUUGUUUCUUUGUGGGAUGUUUUUGGUUCUUGCUGGUAAUCAAGUUGGAAGCUUUUUGGUUGGACCUCUACCUCUGCCUCUACCUCUACCUCUACCCCUACCCUACCCCCAGCCUGAAUUACUCUUUUUAAAGGUGAAGGCUUAUAGAUUAAAAGCUGAUUCAAAGUGCCUUUCCAUUAUUUUUUCUACCAUUCUUCCAUCAUUCAUCUUUCGAAUUUUUUUUGCAGUUGAGACUGAUUUUAUAUAUAUAGUUCCAAUGUUAAGAAACUGUCCCUCUUCUUCUUCCCAGCCAUUUGCUGCAGAUAAUGGAAACUUUAGUAAAAGAAAACGAAGGCCAGCAGGAACCCCAGAUCCAGAUGCAGAAGUAGUAUCUUUAUCUCCCAAGACCUUAUUGGAAUCGGACCGAUACGUUUGCGAGAUCUGCAGUCAAGGAUUUCAGAGAGACCAGAACUUGCAGAUGCAUAGAAGAAGGCACAAGGUGCCAUGGAAGCUGCAAAAGAGCGAAACUCCGAUUGUGAGAAAGCGCGUUUUCGUGUGCCCAGAACUUACUUGCCUUCACCAUGAUCCUUGCCACGCACUGGGUGAUCUUGUGGGAAUUAAGAAACAUUUUAGAAGAAAACACAGCAAUUAUAAGCAUUGGGUUUGUGAGAAAUGCUCAAAAGGAUAUGCUGUUCAAUCAGAUUAUAAGGCUCAUCUCAAAACAUGUGGAACUAGAGGCCAUUCUUGUGACUGUGGCCGUGUUUUCUCAAGGGUGGAGAGUUUUAUCGAACAUCAAGACGCGUGCAGUAUGGGGCGGCUCCGAUCAGAAUCACACGCGUUACAGUCUGCGGCUUGCCUGUCUCGAACAGCUUCAGGCCCCAGCCCGUCCAGCGACACCAAUCUCAGUAAUGUUGCACCAUGGCCUAUUUUCAUGGCCAAUGUUAGCGAAACUAAGAAUUCCGAACCCACAUUUUUAGAGCUUCAGCUACUAACAAAACCCUGUGAGGAUCAGUCGACGCAAUUGCAGCUGUCCAUUGGCUCAUCAGAAGUCAGUGAGAGAAACGAAAUUGAUAUCGCGAAUAUAAACAGAUUUUCUCCAAGGGAGAGUGACGCUGGUGAGAAACUGCCGAGAGUUGAAGAACAAAUAAGAAUAGCCAUGGUGGAGAAAGCAUACGCCGAAGAGGCAAGAAUACAAGCUAAGCGGCAGAGUGAACUUGCUGAGCAUGAAUUCGCCAAUGCCAAGAGAAUUAGGCAACAAGCGAAGGCGGAAUUGGAGAAAGCUCAAGCCUUGAAGCAACAUGCUAUCAUGGAAGUCAAUUCGACCAUUUUACAACUCACUUGCCAAUCUUGCAAAGAUAAGUACCAAAAGGGAAUAACAGAAGCAUCGACUCCCUUCGUGAAUCCGUUUGGGUUAAGCUACAUAUCAUCUGCUCUUAGAGAAACUACUGAUCAUCUAACAUUUGUUCAACUUUGAAUUCUUCAAUCUGUUCAUGGUAAUUAACUUAUUUGCAUGUUUUGUAUUUCCCACAUCUAUAGACAUGUGGUUAGAAGCCUAGUGGGUGUCAUCAUAAGCCAGGGAUGUGUUUAUUAAUGAGAAUCUGUAUUCAAAGAUUACUAAAAGUUAAUUUGGUGUUUAUUCGUGCUUAA